AUGAACUCCACCUCCCUACCUCUCCUCUCCUCCUCGUUGGCACCCACCUACCUACCUAUCUAUCUAUCUAUCUAUCUAUCUAUCUAUCUAUCUAUCUAUCUAUCUAUCUAUCUAUCUCCACCUAUUGAAAGAAUAUACAUAUAUAUAUGUGCGUCUAUCUAUCUAUCUAUCUAUCUAUCUAUCUAUCUAUCUAUCUCUUUCAACCGGCUAUAUCACUUUUCCUUGCCCUCCCUCACGCAUUCGCUUUAUAUAUUCUUCUUCUUCUUCUUCUUCUUCUUCUUCUUCUUCUUCUUCUUCUUCUUCUUCUUCUUCUUCUUCCGUUUGUCAGCCCCUCCCCCUCCCACCACAUCCUUGAGGUUUCUUCAAAUAUCUAUCUAUCUAUCUAUCAAUCUAUCUAUCUAUCUCAGCCUGUUUAUCUUUCUUUCUUUCUUGACAUGUUUCUAUCUAUCUAUCUAUCUAUCUAUCUAUCUAUCUAUCUAUCUAUCUAUCUAUCUCAGCCUGUUCAUCUUUCUGUCUUUCUUUCUCGACUUGUUUAUAUCUAUCUAUCUAUCUAUCUAUCUAUCUAUCUAUCUAUCUAUCUAUAUCUAUCUAUCUAUCUCAGCCUUUUCAUCUUUCUUUCUUUCUUUCUUUCUUAUUUCGUAUCUCGACCUGUUUCUAUCUAUCUAUCUAUCUAUCUAUCUAUCUAUCUAUCUAUCUAUCUAUCUAUCUAUCUAUCUAUCUAUCUAUCAGCCUGUUCAUCUUUCUUUCUUUCUUUCUCGACUUGUUUAUAUCUAUCUAUCUAUCUAUCUAUCUAUCUAUCUAUCUAUCUAUCUAUCUAUCUAUCUAUCUAUCGCUUUUCAUAUUUAUCUAUCUCAGCUUUUUCAUCUUUCUUUCUUUCUUUUUUCGUAUCUCGACCUUUUCUAUCUAUCUAUCUAUCUAUCUAUCUAUCUAUCUAUCUAUCUAUCUAUCUAUAUUCCGUUGAAACGCGACGACAAUCUGAGCGCUGACUCGGAUUACGCCUGCAGCAAAAGAGCUGACCAUCCUGUUCCUAUCAGAUCCGUAUUACGCGCGCGGCUUACGUCUUUGCACCGAGAAUUUUUCAACAAACUUCACAUCUAUCUAUUAUCUAUCUAUUAUAAUCUAUCUAUCUAUCUAUCUAUCUAUCUAUCUAUCUAUCUAUCUUUUAUAAUUUUUUUCUUUCUUUCUUUCUUUCUUUCUUUCUUUCUUUCUUUCUUUCUUUCUUUCUUUCAUCAUUUCCUCUCUUUCUUUCAUCAUUUCUUUCUUUCUUUCUAUCUUUCAUCAUUUAUUUAUCAUUUUAUUCUUUCUUUUUUAUCUUGCAUUCUUUCUUUCUUUCUUUCUUUCUUCCUUUCUUUCUUUCUUUCUUUCUUUAUUUAUUUAGUCAUUUCAUUCUUUCUUUUUUCUAUCUUGCAUUAUUUCUUUCUUUAUUUCUUUCUUUCUUUCUUUCUUUCUUUAUUUAUUUAG